CCACUAGUCAAGUGUCAAACCCGCUAAUUGAAUCCACAUGACCCGCUAUUCCCAAAUCGUCAAACACAAGCUCUAUAUAUAAUGUAUAUCCAAUAUUCCGCCACAUAUAGGAAGUAAAUUGAAUUUUGUCACAUAAGAAAAGAAAAUGAGGUUGGCCAUCAGAUUUUGCAUAUUCAUAUUAUUAUUCGUAAAUGCAUCCCACGCACAACAAUGUGGAAGCCAAGCCGGCGGAGCCGUAUGCGCCGCCGGGAAUUGUUGCAGCCAGUACGGCUAUUGCGGCAACACCGCGGAAUACUGUUCUCCGAGUUCCGGCUGCCAGAGCCAGUGUUGGUCGUCCGGAGCCGGAGCGCCUCCUCCGCCCGCUACUCCGACGCCCCCCAGUGCCGGCGGCGGCGAUAUUAGCGGCGUCAUCAGCCAGUCUGUUUUCGACGAGAUGCUGAAGUACAAAGACGAUUCCCGCUGCCACGCGCCAGGGUUUUAUACGUACGAUGCGUUCAUCGCCGCCGUGAAAUCUUACGGAGAAUUCGGGACGACCGGAGACUCGGACACGAUUAAGAGAGAAGUCGCCGCUUUCUUGGGCCAGACCUCCCACGAGACUACUGGUGGAUGGGAUACAGCACCGGAUGGUCGAUAUGCGUGGGGGUAUUGUUUUCUAAGAGAAAACACCUCAGAUUCCUACUGCAACGUCACUCAAGCCUGGUCUUGUGCUCCUGGCCAAAAGUACUUUGGGCGUGGUCCUAUUCAAAUCUCUUACAACUACAACUAUGGUCCAGCAGGACAGGCACUUGGCUAUGAUCUUAUAAGUAACCCUGACCUAGUCGCCACAGACUCGACCGUGUCCUUCAAGACAGCAUUGUGGUUCUGGAUGACACCUCAGGGUGCAAAGCCGUCUUGCCACGACGUGAUGACCGGUAAAUGGACACCGUCUGCCACUGACACAGCGGCCGGUCGUGUCCCGGGUUAUGGGCUGGUCACUAACAUCAUUAAUGGUGGGGUUGAGUGUGGUAGUGGCGGUGCGAAGGAUAAAGCCGAUGACCGCGUUGGAUUCUACAAACGCUAUUGCGACAUUUUCGGCAUAGCCUAUGGAGACAAUUUGGACUGCUCUGCUCAAACUCCAUACACUGCGACUCUUGCUUCCACCUGAAAAUAAAAACAUCUUGUGUACUCAAUCACAACAAAUAAAAUGAAAAAUUGUAUGCAACGACCUUCAAGACUGCAUAUGUUAUAUUAUGCGAGGGCCGCGUCUGAUAUACGAAUAAUUUCAUAACAAUAAUGUACAUGAAAACAAUGUGAAUUAUCAGUCUUGUGUGAUGAUAGUAUCUAAAGUUAUAAUACUCAUGUGAUAAACAUUGAAGUUUUGGUUGUGUCGCAUUAGCAAA